GUCACAGUCAGACUCUGCUGAUGUGCUUGAAUAAUUGUGAGCAAACAUUUCAAACUCAAAAGCUGAAGAAAAUGAUUUUUUAUAAGCUGUAAAAAAAUCAUAUAACGGCUAAUGAGGAAAACAGAUAAGUGAACUCUGUAAUAAAUAGCAGCACUGUUUAAAACCAGAGCGAAAUGAGCAGAAAAAGAGCUCUGAUCGCGGACACUUUCUGUUUAAAGAGACGCAGAUGUGCAGCUGACAGUUUAACGGGAGAGACUCACGAUGGAGCUGCUGAUAUUCGUUCAAGCAUACAAUAUUUGAUGACGCUGUUUUCACGCAAGCUUUUCAAUGACACACUUCCUCUGGUGGUCCUGAAACACCAGCUGUACAGUUUACACACCGAUAAAACCUCAGUGGACAAGCAUGUGAAAGAUUUGCGUGAAAAUGGCGAACUGCUGAUGUUCCAGCUGGGCUUCGACUCGGAGGCCUUCGCUCUGGUGUUUGCUGAAGAUUACAGAGCCAAAGUCAUUCAGGAGGAAACUGGAAGAAAAACCCUGGGGACCGUUGAGAAAUUUCUGGAUAAGCUUAUUCCCAGCUGCUCCGAUUUAAGUUUCAACAAAGACAAAAUGCUGAAAGAGUUCCUUUUCUCAGACUCUGAGAUCACGCAACUGGUGAAGUCUGGUCUCCUCACUGUGAGAGAUGCGGGCAGCUGGUGGCUCUCAAUCCCAAACUCUGGCAGAUUCAUUAAGUACUUCAUUAAAGGGCGCAAAGCUGUACUUAACAUGGUGAAGAAAUCCAAAUAUAGUGAAAUCUUAAGGACUGAGCUGGAGGAGCGUCGCACAACUGCACAGGUUAAGUUCCAGAUGAAGUAUCACGUUCAUGAUAUCAUUGGAGCAGACUUAGUAGAAUGUAUACAGACCACAUCAGGGACAGUAUUACGAUACGUGGACGGAAAUAACUAACACUUUUUGAAAUUAGUAUUAUUAUUAUUUUCUUAUUGUACAAAAUGGAUUGUAGAUGUAUUUAUUGCUAUAUUUUUUGUUUGUAAAAACAGAAGCAACUGUGCACAAUGCUGUAAUAAAAGUUUG